CUUAAAUAAGAACUUUUUUAAAUGCUUAGAUUAACACUAACACGCUAUUUUGAAAAUGAUCACGUCUAACGUGAGUCUUGAGUGUAUCGGUGGCAACGCUGUGCAGUGCAAGAACACUAGAGAUGCGCACCUGGACAAUUCCAGGGAAUACAAUUUAACUGCUACUGGCCAUCUGAUCGUGGCUAUUUGCUUGGGCUUUAUCGGGACCCUGGGAUUUAUAAAUAACCUAUUAGUUCUCCUGCUCUUUUGCCUGUACAAAGUCUUACGGUCUCCUAUUAAUAUGCUGCUAAUGAACAUUUCUGUUAGCGAUCUGCUGGUAUGUGUGAUGGGAACGCCGUUCAGUUUCGCAGCGAGCACGCAGGGACGCUGGCUCAUUGGCGAAAGUGGAUGUGUCUGGUAUGGCUUUGUCAAUUCACUUUUCGGAACAGUCUCUCUUAUUUCCCUGGCUCUGCUGUCCUAUGAAAGGUACAUCACAAUGAUGCGAACUGUGGAAGCUGAUGCUACAGACUACAAAAAAGCUGUCUUGGGGAUUUUAGUGUCCUGGACAUACUCGUUACUUUGGACGUUACCUCCUCUUUUUGGAUGGAGCAGCUAUGGACCUGAGGGACCUGGUACUACCUGUUCUGUAAACUGGCAAUCCAAGAGUGCAAACAGCAUGUCAUAUAUUAUCUGCUUCUUCACCUUCUGUCUAGUCUUGCCCUUCAUGAUAAUUAUCUACAGCUAUGGGAAGCUACUGCUCACUGUUAAACAGGUGAGUGGCAUCAGCACUGUGACUGGACGCACAAGGGAGCAACGAGUUUUGCUUAUGGUGGUUGCCAUGGUGAUUUGCUUCUUGCUUUGCUGGCUGCCUUAUGGGAUAGUGGCUCUGAUAGCCACAUUUGGGAAGCCUGGUCUCAUCACUCCCACUGUCAGCAUUAUUCCUUCAGUUCUGGCUAAGAGCAGCACUGUUUACAAUCCCAUUAUCUAUGUAUUUAUGAACAAUCAGUUCUACAGAUGCUUUUGUUCUUUUGUGAGAUGCCAAAAACCAACCAUCAACUCAAACAGCAGGAGUACCUCAAAGACCCUCAAAGCAUGUCGAGCUGCCAAGAUGAUCCAUGACAAGAACUUUUCAUUCCUGGUGGUCUCAGAAGGACAGCUUUCCACCGCCAACCACAACCCAGCUAAUGGACAUAAUGAGGUGCAUGGCACAUUGUCUGUGGACGAAACCAAGCCUGCUGCAUCUCGUGUGCCUCAUUACCAUUCCUAACUUUUUUUUUUCCCUGCAAAGUCAGCCUCUGAUCCUGUGUGGCAUUAAAUCAGAUGCUAAAGCCAGAGAGGUUGUCCACAAAUUCUCUGUCAAUCACAACAUCUGAUUGAAAGAAUGGACAGGAGCUUGUAGAAGUACGCCAGUCUUGUCUGCUAACAGGAAUCACUGCUCAGCAGAGCAGGUUUUAAACAAAAUGCAUGGAGAUAUUUUGAAAAUGCAUGUACAGUAGAUGUGAUCAUUUAAUUAUGGUUUGCAUAGCCCAGAAUAUUGCCACAGCUGUACCUGUGUGAUUUACUUAAAAAAGGAGAGGUUGGAUUAUGAUAGAAUUUUAAUGUGCAAAAUUGAGUCAUAAGAAACUAUGAUAUUCAUUUGUAGUCUUGUCACACAUCAUUUCUGGUUAUUUGUUUUUGCAAAUUGUCAGCAGUGCAGUUAGAAUGACCCAUAAAGUAUGGAAGCCCGUUUCCGCCAGGGAGUAAAAA